GGUUAUCACACCAUGAAGCUUUUCAUAGGCCUGCUUCUCUGCUCCUGGGUCCUAGGGGUCAGCAGCCAGGGCUGGCUUUCCUUCAUUGGUGAGGCUUUUUAAGGGACCAGGGACAUGUGGAGAGCCUACUCUGACAUGAGAGAAGCCAACUACAAAAACUCAGACAAGUACUUCCACGCCCGGGGGAACUAUGACGCUGCCAGCAGAGGACCUGGGGGAGCCUGGGCUGCCAAAGUGAUCAGUGAUGCCAGAGAGAAAUCCCAGAGAGUCACAGACUUUUUCAAGUAUGGAGACAGUGGCCAUGGACUGGAAGACUCUCGGGCUGACCAGGAAGCCAAUGAGUGGGGCCGUAGUGGUGGAGACCCCAAUCGCUACCGACCUGAUGGCUUGCCUGAAAAGUACUGAGCCUCCUCCCUACACCCUCACCCUGCUGUCAGGCUUGGGGGCUGCCUGGUUGAGCCCUCUGCCUGUGGACACGGUGAAGGUCACACAACUGGUAUUUAAUAAAUGCUCUCACUGUAUGA